AUGAUGCUGUUGGUUAUUCGCACCGCUCAGCAAGUCGCCGAGUCAACCACCAUCUACGACCACAACUACGACCCUUUUUACCAGCAACCUUCAACUUCGGAGACGGAGUCGACCUACAUGUCAGCUGCGACGUUCAACGUUGGCAGACCUUCAAACGACGAUACCAUCACCCACUUCUCCGGGGCCAACCCCCUUCUCGACGCUAUGGCGGUAACUACCACGGGCUGGCCCUACGGGGCCCAGCCGGUAAGUGCUGCACCCGAUGCCAUGGACGACAACAUGUUUCAGCACUCUCCCCUCUCCGACUUCCUUGAGAUGCCGGACGAGUCCGACGACUGGGCCAUUCUCAUGCAGCAGGACAUGCUCGUCACCGGCGCCUUCGAGAUGGCCGGCUUCGAUUUCCCUACCACGAUGAUGGAGGAGACCAACUACCAGACACCCGACUCCCCCGAGGACAUUUUCAACGACCCCACCGUGCAGUUCGACAUCGAACAGAGCCUGCAGACCACUGGCCUCUUCGACUUCAACGGUCUGCUGCCCGACCUCUCCGCCUCCGGUUACCUCUCCGGUACCGACCAGGUCUCCUCCUACUUCGGGAGCACAAACACCUCCCCCUACGAGCCAGCCCUUGACUUCUUCCCCGAAGUCGCGCCCUCCCCCUCCUCCAUCUUCCCGGCCAGUGCCGACGGCUCGCCCCUCGGCACCACCACCACCACCACGACAACCUCUCCCGACUCGGACUCUGCUGCCGCCCACCCCUACCGCUGCACCACCGACGGCUGCCCCAAGACCUUCCGCAAGGAGGCCCAGCUUAAGCAGCACCAGCGCGUCCACCGCAAGGCCCUCGUCUGCGACAUCUGCCGCGCCGAGCGCCGCACCGAGCAUAAGUUCGCCCAGGUGCGCGACCUCGAGCGCCACCUGCAGGCCCGCCACCGAGACGUCGCCGAGCGGGCCAACGUGCGCUCCGAGGUCCGCCAGUGCCCGCACCCGGGCUGCGAGCACGAGGGCCGGAGGGACAACGUGUCGAGGCACCACCGGAGCAAACACGGCAAGGAGCUCAAGUGGAAGAGGGGCGUCCCUCAUGUUGUGGGUUGA